GCUUACUUUUUGUAUCUUGUUCUUCUUUUUCACCCCUUUGUUUUGAUCAUCACACUUUAAAAAGUUGCUUCAUCCCCUUGUCAUUUUGGUUUUGCUCCUUGUCCACUGCAGAAGCAAUUCUCUAACUAUUAAUUUGGUCCUCAUAUUUCAUCAUUCAUGUUCUAUCUAAUCUCACUGUGUUGAAGUGAUCCAUUUAAGAGACCUUUUCUCCGAUGCUCUCGUGAUCUCGUGUAAAUAUUUUCGAGUCUCUGAGUUCUUAAUCUGUUAGGAGAAAUAGGAAAUGAGGGUGUAAAUCGCCGAAGCCGAUUGCGAUGAGGGGCCUCGCAGGCAUUGCUUCAGUCCAUGCGGAAACCAGGCACCGGUUGGCGCCCACCAAUUCGAGCAAAAGGAGGUUCCAAAGAAGCAGCAAUCUCAAAGACGGCAGCAAGCCAUUCAUCAAACUGCUGCUCGAGAGCUCGGGUUGCAAAGUACGGUUUCUGAGAUUUGUUCUCGUCGUUCUCACAUGUGGCUUCUUCCUCAUGCUCAUGCACUCUCCGACGGUUCAUUAUAAGGAGCAUUUCAUGUACACUAGUUCACGAUCCAGGUUUGUAACUGUCGGAUGGAUGUGGAACCCGGAGAAACCAGACACAGGCUACAAAUCGAACUUGAUCAUCGAUUGGUCGCAGAUAUCGAAAGCAAUUGGAAAACUCAAUAGCCAAAAAGUAGACCUUAAAACUGGUUUGCUGAACUUCAACAAAGAAGAGAUUAAUACAUGGCAGAGCAUUCUACCACGCACUGACGUUUCCGUAGUUCAUCUCGAUCAUGUCCAAAAGAAUGUAACUUGGGAGGAUCUCUAUCCCGAAUGGAUCGACGAGGAAGAAGAAUCUGAAGUGCCCUCUUGCCCUAAUUUUCCCAACCCGAAGCUUUCCAAAAAGGCCCAUUUUGACGUCGUGGCAGUUAAGCUUCCUUGUAGGAGCUCAAAAAGCUGGUCGAGAGAUGUUGCUCGGCUGCAUCUGCAGCUCGCAGCAGCUAGAAUCGCCACGGAGUCUACGAAUUUUCAAAAGCCAGUGUUUGUGCUUGUAGUAAGCAGAUGUCUCCCUAUUCCAAAUCUCUUCAAGUGUAAAUACCUUGCGUUUCGUGAAGGAGACGUAUGGGUGUACAAGCCGGAGCUGAGAGAGCUCAGGGAGAAGCUACAGCUCCCUGUCGGGUCUUGCAAACUAGCACUUCCAUUCAAAGCAAAAGAACACCCAUACUUACCUUCAUCUCACCGAGUAGCUUACGCGACCAUACUUCACUCUGAGAGCGUAUACGUCUGCGGUGCAAUAACUGUGGCUCAAAGCAUCCGACAAGCAGGAUCCACAAUAGACCUAAUAAUCCUCGUCGAUGAAAAUAUUAAUAAUCAUCACCGAAGUGGCCUCAAAGCGGCGGGUUGGAAAAUAAGAACUAUUAAAAGGAUACGGAACCCUAAAGCAGAACCCGAAUCAUAUAACGAGUGGAACUAUAGCAAAUUCUGGCUCUGGCGUCUUACCGAUUAUGAUAAAAUCAUAUUCAUCGAUGCCGACCUUUUAAUCCUUCGAAACAUCGAUGUUUUGUUUUCAAUGCCCGAGAUCAGCGCAAUUGGCAAUAAUGGAACUCUUUUCAACUCUGGUGUGAUGGUAAUUGAGCCUUCAAAUUGCACAUUUCAACUGUUAAUGGACCAUAUAGGUGAUAUUGAAUCGUAUAAUGGUGGUGACCAAGGUUAUCUAAAUGAGAUAUUCACUUGGUGGCAUAGAAUUCCUUCACACAUGAAUUUUCUGAAGCAUUUUUGGGAAGGAGAUGUGGAGGAGACUAAGGCAUUGAAGACUUACUUAUUUGGGGCCGACCCGCCGACUUUACAUGUGCUCCACUACUUGGGACUAAAACCGUGGUUGUGCUUUAGGGAUUACGACUGCAAUUGGAAUGUGGAUAAUUUGCAGGAGUUUGCGAGUGAUGUGGCGCAUGCCAGGUGGUGGAAGGUGCACGACAGAAUGACUACAUACUUGCAGAGCUUCUGUCUUCUGAGUGAGAAGCAGAAGGGCCAAUUGGAGUGGGAUAGAAUACAGGCAAGGAAGGCGAAUUCUAGUGAUGGCCACUGGAAAAGGACGAUUACCGAUCCGCGACGAAAUAUCUGCAAUGAGGAGAUCUGUAACGGGAAGAAAAAGGAAAAGCUUUCAGACGAUCGAAAUCGGUUAGACCAUGGAUUUAAUGCAUCCAGUUCCACUAAGAUAAUUUCAAAGCUGUAAUUUUUCUUGGUUUCAGUCCCAUUCCUUGAUACAGAUUCUUGCUUCUGAAGAAGAAUAGUGCUUUAGGCUUCCAAUAUAUACACAGAUGCUGAGUGUAAAUUGAACAUUUUAGGACCCUAUACUGAUGCCAUUGUCUAAUGCAUCUCUUGUUUAUAGAAUUUUUUGUGUGAAAAUAAAGCAUCUGUUAUCAUAUUGUUUAAGAA